AUGGCGGUCACACUCGAAAGUUCACAAUCUCCGGAUCGGGAGAGUGAGACGGGGAAUACGUCGCCAUGCACCGAGACUCCAGAUGUUGAGACUGGAGACGACGUGAAAAUCGAGUCAGCAGACCAAAAGGAAGAUUGGGAGGAUGAUCCACGGAAUCCAUACAACUGGACGACGAAAUCAAAAGUUCUCCAGGUUUUGAUGAUGGCAUCUGCUGCGUUCACAACCUCUGUCGGAGUUUCAAUUCUAUCUCCAGCCCAUACUCAGUUUAUAAAAGAGUUUGGAGUGGGCAGUACAGUCGCCAUAUUACCUUUGUCCCUUUAUGUUUUUGCAUUGGGACUCGGCCCUGUUGUUGGUGGACCUCUUUCUGAAACAGUCGGGAGAUAUCCCGUGUAUAUAGGAACUGUCGUGCUUGGGAGCCUAUUCACUUUGGGGGCUGGUUUCAGUCAUACUUUUGCGGGACUUUGCGUUCUACGUUUUCUAGCGGGUUUUUGCUUCGCGCCGUCGCUAGCUAUCGCUGGUGGGACGAUCAACGAAACAUUCAAGCCGGUGAAACGGGCGCUUCCAUCCACAAUUUUCAUUCUGACACCAUUUUUAGGUCCUGGUCUCGGACCGGUUAUCGGCAGCUUUAUUGUCAAUCGCAAGGGCUGGAGGUGGACGCAAUGGACAAUGAUCUUCUUUGGAAUUUUCACGAUUUUCACAAGUAUCUUUGCAAAAGAAACUUUCCAUCCGGUUAUCAAGCGUCGAAUAGCUAAAGAACUUGGCCGACCAUUACCCGCAUCCCCGCCCCUGGCAUCUAAACUUCGACUAUUUGUGACAAUUGCCCUUCUUCGUCCGAUUCAAAUGCUACUCAGUGAGCCUAUCGUCGCGUUCAUCUGCCUCUAUGUUGCUUGUGAAUUUGCCACACUCUUCUCAUUCUUCGCCGCCUUUCCGCUUGUUUUCCAAGGGGUAUAUGGCUUCGGGAUCGAAGACUCUGGUCUUGUGUUUCUCUCUAUAGUAGUCGGCUGUCUGCUUGGGGCACUCACCGUACUACUCUCUCCGACAUACUUCUGUACCGCCCCCAAGCAUCCAAAUUUCCUGGACGCAAUAUCCCUCCAGAACAUCGCCUCUAUCCUGCCAUGA